AUGGGUGCGCAACAUUCACCAGGUCGAACAAGGAGGAAGGCACUUGGUGGGGAGAGCCUUCUGGUUACCAAGGGGACUCUUGUCCUGACUCCUGGUUACAAGAAGGAAAAGUAGGGAUAUGAACGAUUGCGCAACAAUGCACCGCCACCUGCAUUCGUUUCAUCAUACUUUAACCGGCUCGAUGGUGGUUAGCCGGCUCGCAUUACUUUCGCUAAUUAAACCUACGGACGGUCGUUAUUCAACUUGAAUAUGAAAUUCCACGAUUAUUUGAAAUUCCAACCGAAUGAACGUGUCAGCUCCUCCCAGAGAAAAUCUGACUAUAAUCCAGAGCGCAUCCAAUAGACAUGUUGCUAGCUCAAUAAUAUACAAUAUUCAAUGAUCUUUAUGUCAGUUACUUUACUGACUCUAUGAUUUAAGAUUAUAGAAAGCAUUUUUUAAAUAAAUAAGAAGAUUAUAUUAUCUCUGUGAAACCAAACUAAAUAUAAAAUAUAUACUAAAUAUAAAAUAUAUACUGAAUAUUUUAUAUAAAUUAUAAAUAACUUCUAUAUAAAUUUCUUCUACAUAAAUUUUUAGAUACUGUACUAUUGGAUAUUAUAAAUAUAUAAAUCGAUCGCAUUUUACUUUCUAAGAAUCAUAAAAAAGACUUAAAAAUUCAAUGCAGAAACUGGAUAUCAAGUAGCAAUGAAAUAUCAAAUGACUUUCGAUUAUUUUAACCUUGUAUUAUGCGAUAUCCUUUGCAAACAGAAUGUGUAGGAUGAAUUAAUAUCAAAUUACUCGUUUCCUUUUGUAUUAUUUGCACGUUAAACGUUUACUAGAAGCUGAAAGUAUGACGUCAAUUAUACGAAUCAAAUAUUCCAGUAAGAAUAUUUUCAUAUAUUCAUUGAAUAAAUAAUAUAUCACAUACAUUUCAUAGUUCCUGUUAAUAAUAAUGAAAAAGAUACACAAUUGGAGAACAUAGAUAAAGAAAUCUUAGUAAAUAUUAAUUGUCCACUUAAGUUAAUAUUGAAUUAUAUUCGAAAUGUAGUAGGAUUGGAUGAUACAACUGAAUUUGACUUAUGUGAUGAAAUUAACUGUCAAUUAAGGAAAGUUUCCUUUUUUCAACCAGACACAUCUGGUUUUGAGGUUUUUCAAGUGGAUUUGACAUAUAUAAUAGUUACAUUUGAACGUAAUCGAACAGUACCGCCACAUAAUAUAGGUAUUCCAAACCUUCUGUUUGCAAAUCCUAGUACUGCACCUUUCUCCAUUACUCUGAGAUCACACAUUAAGGCUAGUUCAAAGCCAAUUCCUAAAGCAUAUCCAUUUAUAGCAGCAAUCAAGGAAUGGCUCUGAAAAUGGAAGACUUACAAAAAUUGGAAGAAGAGGCUAAGGCAAAGGCAACAAAAUAUGGGUGUAAUCUAUUGCAACGACCAGGUCAAUUGGAAAAAAUUGAUAUGUACAAACGUAGAAUAGCCCGGAAAAAAGCUUCCGUGGAAACUAUGCUCAAAACUGCAAUGCAAAGUCAAUUAGAUGGAGUUCGUGUAGGCUUUGAACAGCUUCAGAGUUCUUUAGAAAGUAGUGCUUCUAUAAAACAGGAUCUAAAUGAUAUUGGCAAGUUGUUCAGUAAAGUUCCAGAACUUAGCGCAAAAUUGCAAGCUGUUCAAGAAGAAAACAUGCGUCAUUCUCAAUAUGUUACUGCCAAAGAAAAUUUGAAACACACGUUUACUUUGCCAGAAAGCGUUGAAAUGACUAAACAAUGGAUAAACCAAGGGAAUCUUUUGUAUGCCCAUCAAAUUAUUAUGGAUCUUGAAAAUUCAAGAGAUGAUUUACUUUAUGAACUUCACAAACUUCCAAAUCAAUCACCAGCUGAUACUGUUAUGUUGAAAGCUUAUUUAGAGGAUGUUGAAAUGCUUUCCCAGUUAAUGGAGAAGCAAAUUAGAUUAGUAUUAAGUCGUACAUUAAACACAGUAAGAAAGGAACCUACUGUUAUUGUAACAGCAUUGAGAAUCAUAGAAAGAGAAGAAAAAGCAGAUCAUUUUGCUAUUCAAAGACAUAAACAAAGUGGAUUUAUGCCACCAGGAAGGCCUAAAAAAUGGAAAGACAUGUCAAUGAAGGUUUUAGAAAAAUCUGUAGCUAAUAGGAUUGAAGGGACUCAUGUUGAGGAAAGAGCAGAUAACAAAAUGUGGCUAGUUAGGUAUUUAGAGCUUACAAGACUCUUGAUUUUAGAAGAUUUGAGAGUUGCUAAAACUCUUUGUGAACCUUGUUUCCCACCUUGGUACAAUAUUGUAAGAACUUUUGUUAAAAUGUAUCAUACAAGUCUGUCACAACAUUUGAAGGAUAUAAUUGCCAAUGGACUGGAAGGAAAUGAAUAUGUAUCUUUAUUAUCAUGGAUCAUGAAUACUUAUACCGGCCCAGAAUUAAUGCAACAUCCAGAAUUAAAUAUUGAUACAAGUAACAUAGGUCCUUUGUUGAGUCCUGAAAUUAUAAGUGAUCUACAAGAGAAGUAUUUGAAGAAUAUGUGUCAAAAUUAUGAAGAUUGGAUGAAAAAGACUUUGGAAACUGAAAAAGUAGACUGGUGGAGUGGAAUAUUGCCAGAAGGAAGCACUCAAGAAACAUACUAUCACACAGCAGCACCUGUGAUUAUAUUUCAGAUGAUAGAUCAGAAUCUUCAAGUUACAAAAACAAUUAGUACUGAAUUAACAGCACAGGCUAUAGUUUUAUGUAUUGAACAAUUUACAGAACUAGCACAACAAAUGAAACAGCUGUAUUGGGUUGCUAAUGCUAGUGGAGAUGCUACUGUUAAAUUCGAAAAUUUGUUAUUUAAUUAUCAACAAUUACGAAAUGAAGCAGCAGCCAUAUUGCUAGAAGAAUCUUUUCUUGAUUUAGAAUUGCAAUUUCAAGAUUUGAUUACUCCCAAAUGGUUACUAUCUCCUAUCCCAGUAGAAACCAUUUGUGUAACUUUAGAAGAUUAUUUUCAAGAUUACAAUCAUUUAUGCCCAAAAAAUUUUGAUUAUGUCAUUACAGAAGCACAAAAUCUUAUUGCAAAGCGUUAUAUUUCUGCAAUGUUACAAAGGAAAAUAUCUUUGAAAACAUAUGAUGAAUGUUUAACAUGUACAUCAAAAAUAAUGACAGAAGCUGAUAAAUUAAAAAUUUUCUUCGACAGAAUAGCUCCAAAAGUAGGAAAUUUUAAUUCGCCCUUUGAAAUAAUUAAACGUCUUGCGGAAGUAUUACGUUGCGAAGAUUCGGAAAUUCUUUCUCUUGAUUUACAUUCUUUGGUUGAAAAAUAUCCAGACAUGACUGAAGAUCAUUUAGUCAGAUUAUUGGGUCUCAGAGGUGAUAUUUCUCGUAGUGAAGCAAGAGAAAAGGUUUCAUACAUUUUAGAAGCUCAACGUAAUCGUAAAGCUCCGCAAUCUAGUGCACAUAGUAUAUUUAAACAAAUAUAUAUACAGGAUAGCUUUCUCAGUUGGAAGCCUUAAAAUUCAAAAGCAAUUUACAAAAAAACUACAUUAAAUGUUGUUUUUCACAUAUCAUUAAGAUGAUGUAAAUGGUAUAUUGUACUUAUUGUAUUAAAAUCGUAUAAAUAUUUAAGAAAUUUAUAAUGACAAAAAGAAUUACCAAUUAAUAUAAUAAUAACAAUCAAUAUAAUUUAUUAUUAUAUUAUGUUAUUAUUAUAUUGUAAAUAUUUAAAUCAUUCUUUAAUUUAAUUUAAUCCAAUUUGAUCUUAUUUUUUAAUUAGAAAAUAAUUUAUUAUUGAAAAAUGCAGAUAAAUAUUGUAUAGUAAUUAAUAAUUAUUUAUAAACUCUACAUACAUGUGUAGUGUUACUACAUACAUGUAGUACCUAAAACUUUUAUUAUUUACUUAUUUGCAGCUUCAAUAUAAUAUAAAUGAUAAUCAAUUCACUGCCUUAGCAACUGUAUGAAUGUAUAUGUAUAUAUAUUCACUUAUAUUUAUUUCUGUAUAAUUAUUGAUUCAUAUGAAUAGAGCAAAAAUUUAAAAGGAUGUAAUAUAUAAAUGAAUAUUUAACAUAAGUUUUAAGAAAUAAUUUGUAUGUAAUACUUUUAAAACAAUUUACUUAUGAAAAAAAAGUAAUAAUUCAAUACAAGCAAUUGAAGCAAUGAUACAUAUUUAAUAACAAAAUUUUAUAAGCUAUGUAUUCUCAUUAAUAUAUAAAACACAAAUUAUUUAAAUUUUUGAAUUUAAUACAUUAGUUGUGAAUAUCAAUAUUCCAUUACUUUAUAUUGAUAAAACUUUAUAUGAUGGAAAAUAUUUUGUUUUGAAAUAUGAAAUAUCAAAGGAAAUCUAACAAAGUAGAAAAAUUUUAAUUUAAAUAAAAAUUAAUCAUUACUUUUUAAUUAUAAUAUGUAUAUAUGUUCUUAAUAUAAUUAUAAAAAAUAACAUAUGCAAAGUAUUAUACAUGAAAAACAGCUUACAUUGGAAUAAAUUUAGACAUAUCUAUACAUAUACACAUAUGUAUAUGUAAGUAGAUACAUUAAUGUUACAGAAUAUUUAUAAUUAAGAUUGUAUAGCUGUGACUUGUUUAAAAAAAUAUUACUUUUUUUAUUUACUGUAGUGAGAAAUAAAAAAUUCAUAUAUCUUGAAUAUAUUAAGUAUAUAUUUACUUACUAUAACAAUAUAUAAUAAUUUAUCAUAUACAGUAAUAUUCAUAAUGCCAUACUAUACUAUUAAACUUCGUAAUUUCUUUAUUCUAUCAUGUUUUAUUUAUAAUUGAUAGAUUUUUUACUUUUUCUAUAGAUGUAUUUAUAA